ACCGAUGCUAGAAUGAAACUUGGGUUCGGAAACAGGAAUGAGAAAUAGAAGAAAAAAAAAUGUGUCUUCGCUAUAUAAAGAGAGGAUGGUAGUAAUACUAAGGACCACACUUCUUACCUAGUCCUUACUUUCCAUAAUUUCCUCCCUCAAGCAUACUUGUGGAAUAAAAACUAGAGUUAGCAAAAAUAAACUAAAAUACAAAAACAUUUUUAUAUACUGUAUUCUUAGCUACCUCUUGCUUCAAAAUUCAUACAUGGCUUUACAAGUUAAAAAGAAGACAACAUCAACAAUUUUGUGGCUAGUGUCAUGGAGCCUUAUUAUGAUCUAUCAUGUUAGUUUAGCUGAAAGAAUUUUGGAAGACAAAGAAUCAGAAAAUCUUGUUAUUAUGAAAGAAAGACAAGGAGGAGUUAUUAUAAAUAGAGUUAUUGAUUUCUUCUCGUAUAGUGGAAAAUCUUCCUAUGACCGUGUUUGGCCAGAAAUGAAGUUUGGUUGGAGAAUUGUAGUGGGGUCUAUUGUAGGAUUUUUUGGAGCAGCAUUGGGAAGUGUAGGAGGGGUAGGAGGUGGAGGAAUUUUUAUCCCUAUGCUUACUUUGAUCAUUGGUUUUGAUCCAAAGUCUUCUACACCCAUCUCUAAGUGUAUGAUUACAGGAGCAGCUGGUUCAACUGCGUAUUACAAUCUGAGACUAAGACACCCUACACUAGACAUGCCACUUAUAGAUUAUGAUCUUGCUUUGCUCUUCCAGCCUAUGCUAAUGCUAGGAAUAAGCAUUGGUGUUGCAUUUAAUGUCAUGUUUGCUGAUUGGAUGGUCACCAUUUUGCUUAUCAUUCUAUUCAUUGGUACAUCCACUAAAGCUUUAAUCAAAGGGGUAGAUACAUGGAAAAAGGAAACUAUUAUGAAGAAGGAAGCAGCCAAGAUCUUGGAAUCAAGUUCUACUACUGGUUAUGUUUCUGAGGAAGAUUACAAGUCAUUACCAGCUUAUCAACAAGAUGAGGAGGUUCCUUUACUAAACAACAUUUACUGGAAAGAAUUAUCAAUUCUUGUGUAUGUUUGGGUGGCUUUUCUCAUUGUUCAGAUUUUUAAGACGUACAGCAAAACUUGCUCCAUAGAGUAUUGGAUUCUUAAUUCCUUGCAGGUGCCAAUUGCAAUAUCUGUAACGGUUUUUGAAGCCAUAUGCUUAUCCAAAGGAAGUAGAGUGAUUGCAUCAAAGGGAAAGGAAAUAACAGGUUGGAAGUUUCAUCAGAUUUGUUUGUAUUGUUUAUGUGGAAUAAUUGCUGGUAUGGUUAGUGGACUACUUGGUCUAGGAGGUGGCUUCAUUUUGGGACCAUUGUUUUUGGAAUUGGGAAUUCCUCCUCAGGUAGCUAGUGCUACAUCAACUUUUGUUAUGGUUUUCUCUUCGUCCAUGUCAGUAGUCCAAUAUUACCUUCUAGAUCGCUUCCCAGUACCCUACGCUUCAUACUUAGUUUUGGUUGCAACAAUUGCUGCAUUAACUGGCCAACAUGUGGUGAGAAAGAUGGUUGCUAUCUUUGGCAGAGCAUCUAUCAUCAUCUUCAUAUUAGCCUUCACCAUUUUUGUGAGCGCAAUCAGUUUAGGUGGGGUGGGAAUAGAGAACAUGGUUGAGAAGAUGGAAAAUGAAGAUUAUAUGGGGUUUGACAAUCUUUGCCACCAUUCGUAGGAAGGAAAAAUAUGUGGUUUCACAAAAUGGUCACCUAUUUGUCUUUUUCAUUCAUGUAAACAAAAUAUUUGUGUUGUUCUGUUUGUUAUGGAAGUCUCUAUUUUUUUCGCCAACAAUAUGGUCACGUCAUAUUCUUUCUCAUGUUA